UGUGGAUAUUAGAAAUUAAUUUGAAAUAGUUAGUUUUGAUUAAAAGAUAAUAAUGAUAUUAUGAAAAGAAUAAGGUAAGGAGCAUCACAAUGAUGGAGUGUGGCUAUAUAAAUGUCCACCGUGUGACAGUGGGUGGCUGAAGAAAAACGCAAGGUGCUCAAACAGAGAACAAAGAAAAGAGAGAGAAAAAGAAAAGAAAGUGCGGUGGUGAAGCAAAUCAGAGAAUGGCGGCUACUGUGUCUGUGUGGUCAAAGCCCGGCGCGUGGGCCAUCGAUUCGGAGGAACACGAGGCUGAACUCCUUCAACAGAACCCCACCAGCGACACCGUCAAACCUCUUGCCGACUUCCCUUCCCUCGCUGUCGCCGCCGCCACCAAGCCCAAGAAGAAGAAGGCCCAGACCUACUCCCUCGCCGAGUUCACUGCCAAGCCCGACACCGCCUUCGCCGACCAAGAUCCCGUCGUCCUCCCCACCGGCCCGCGCCAGCGCACCGCUGAGGAGCUUGACCGCACCCGUCUAGGUGGCGGCUUCCGCUCCUACGGUGACCGCCCUAACAGGAAUUCCUCGGGGGACGACUCGUCGAAUUCCCGUUGGGGUUCAUCUAGGGUUUCUGACGAGCCCAGGAGAAACGGUUCCUUUGGGGCUAGGGAUUCCAAUCGCGAGCUUCCCCCUUCUCGCGCUGACGAGACUGAUAAUUGGGCAGCGGCAAAGAAACCUUCGGGAGGGUUUGAGAGGAGGGAGAGGGAUAGAGGAGGGUUCUUCGAUUCGCAGUCGCGCGCUGACGAAUCGGAGAGCUGGGUUUCGAAUAAGAGCUUUGUGCCGUCGGAGCGGCGAUUCGCCUCCAACGGUGGAGGGUUUGAGAGAGAGAGGAAGGUUAUUGGGUUUGGCUCCAGCGGGGGCGCUGAUUCAAAUGACUGGAACAAGAAGAAGGGCGAAUCCAACGUUGGUAGCGAGAGUGUUGGUGCUGGUGGAGGGAGACCAAGGCUUGUUCUGCAACCUCGGUCUCUGUCGGUGUCCAAUGAAGGGGGGGAUGGGAAUGUGGGGAAACCUAAAGGGUCUCUGUCGGUGUCCAAUGAAGGGGGGGAUGGGAAUGUGGGGAAACCUAAAGGGGUUAAUCCGUUCGGAGAAGCGAGGCCAAGGGAGCAGGUUUUGGCGGAGAAAGGGCAAGAUUGGAAAAAGAUUGAUGAACAGCUUGAGAGCAUGAAGAUUAAGGAGACAGGUGGAGGUGAUGCCUUUGUGAAGAGGGGUUUUGGGUCUUCCAAUGGAGGAGGACGAGCUGCUUUGCCUGAAAGUCGCACUGAGAGGAGUUGGAGGAAGCCCAUAUCUGAUGAUGAAAGUCCUAAAAGUGCUGAAAAAGUUGAAGAUAAAGCCGUAGAAGAAAAUUGAAGAUCUAUCAAUUACUUUAGGUCUCUGCAGAUUGAUCGACGAGAGUUGGAUAUCAAAAAACUUAUUUUUUUGUUUCCCAUUGAAGUUUUGUCCGUCCUCCUAUCAUUUUAUGUUUUAUUGUGAAAUUAAUACUGGAACAGUCAAGUGACAUUUUUGAUAGAAGUGUUGGUAGCUUAGGCAGUCGUUUUUAUGAAAUGUUUGUCAGAAAAUGUUGCCGUAAUCUAUAUAAGCUUGGUGGUGAA